AUGCCUGUAUUGAGGCUGAAGUUAAAAAUACGCAUGUUCUUUAUAAUGACGGUGAUAUGGAAAAGUAUUUUGUGGAUAAUGUGUUUUCUUGCAAAGUAACGAAUAAGUCGAAUGAAGUUGUUGGAAUAAAUCAAUCAAAACAAAACAAUAUAUUGCGUGCCUUCAUGGGCACAGAAACUAGUUUAAAUCAGAAUAAUUCAGAAUUCAAAGAACUUACGGAAGAUUCCAACACAAAAAGAAGUAUAAAUAAUGAAACCAAUACACCAAGCAAGUUAGAACUUGGAAGCAUUACUUCUUUAAAGAAGAAGCAUGGUUUGUGUAAAAUAAGAGAAAAAGAUGUCAAUAUUAGUUGCACAAGAAAUGAUGUUUCACCAAGUACAAUCAAUAUAAAAUCGUUUAACAGUAAUGUAACAAAAAGCAAAGCAGAGAAAUCAUCAGAAAUGAAUCCUUCUAUCCUUACUAUCUGUACUCAAGAGCGACACAAAUUGGCUUCUUGGGGUUUACCACCAAAUAUUCUUCAGAAAUAUGAAUUACGAGGAAUAAAAGAUAUGUUUGCUUGGCAAGUCGAAUGUUUAUCGAAUCAUAAAGUACUUGAAGAGAAACGUAAUCUUGUGUAUUCAGCUCCAACGUCAGCAGGAAAAACAUUAGUGGCAGAAAUUCUUAUGAUAAAAACAGUAUUAGAAACACACAAAAAAGUGAUAUUUAUUCUGCCAUUUGUCUCUGUUGUCAGAGAAAAAAUGUAUUAUUUUCAAGAUUUGUUAUCUGACAGUGGUAUUAGAGUUGAGGGAUUUAUGGGUGGUAUUGCCCCACCUGGAGGGUUUACAGCUACUCACGUCGCAAUAGCAACGAUUGAAAAAGCAAAUUCCUUAAUAAAUCGUUUAAUGGAAGAAAAUGAGUUAAUCAAUUUAGGGGCUGUAGUGAUCGAUGAAUUACAUCUUGUUGGUGAUUCUAAUCGAGGAUAUCUUCUUGAAUUACUUCUAACAAAAUUAAAGUAUAUGACCCUUAGAAGUGAAAAUGUUAAUAUACAACUGAUUGGCAUGUCUGCAACACUUCCAAAUUUAUCCAUGUUAGCAGAAUGGUUGGAUGCAGAAUUAUAUAAAACAGAAUUUAGACCAGUACCUUUAAACGAACAGUGCAAAAUUGGUAAGAAUAUUUAUGACAAUAAAUUACAUCUUAUCAGAAGUUUAACACCAAUGGCAGAAUUAACCAUGGAUUCGGAUGAUAUUCUUCACUUGUGCAUCGAAACAGUAUCUGAUGGACACAGUGUGCUGAUUUUUUGUCCAACAAAAAAUUGGUGUGAAAAGUUAGCUGAACAAAUAGCAACUGCAUUUUCCAAACUAGGUCAGAAAAAUACACAACUUGGUGAAACUUUAAGACAACAAUUAAAUUCUACAUUAAUCUCCGAAACAUUGGAGCAAUUAAAACGUAGUUCUAUAGGUUUAGAUAAAGUGCUAAAAAACACAGUUUCGUUUGGAAUUGCUUUUCAUCACGCUGGUCUUACGAUGGAUGAACGUGAUAUUAUAGAAGGAUCUUUUAGAUCGGGAUCUUUGAGAGUCCUUAUUGCAACAUCAACUUUAAGCAGUGGAGUAAAUUUACCAGCAAGAAGGGUAAUUGUAAGAUCUCCAAUGUUCGCUGGUAGAUUAUUGGACAAUCUUACUUAUAAACAAAUGAUAGGACGUGCAGGUAGAAUGGGGAAAGAUACAGCAGGCGAAAGUAUACUUGUAUGUAAAUCGAAUGAAAGAAAAGCAGCCGAAUCGUUAUUAUCAGCCACAUUGGAACCUAUUGUUUCUUGUCUUGAAAACUCGGGACCUUUAAUUCGAGCUUUUUUGGAAGCUAUAGCUAGUGAAGUUGUGCAUACAGCAUCAGAUCUCGAAUUGUACACUAAAUGUAUGUUAAUAAAUUUGAGCGACGAACUUAAUCCAAAAAACUCUUCAAAAGAAGCAAUUAAGUUUUUAGUAAACAAUGAAUUCUUAUUAUUACAACAAACAGAUGAUGGGCACAGAUGGGUAGCUACAGCUUUUGGAAAAGCAUGUUUAGCGGCUUCUAUACCACCUAGAGAUGGUUUAUUUUUACUUGAAGAACUUCAAAAAGCAAGGCGAUGCUUUGUAUUGGAUACAGAAUUACACGUAAUAUAUUUAGUAACACCUCUCAGUUGUGGAAAUCAAAUUGGAAACAUCGAUUGGAUGACCUUUUUGGAACUAUGGAAAAUGCUUUCAGAAAGUGAACGUAGAGUUGGUGAACUCGUUGGUGUUGAAGAACGAUUUUUAACUUCGGCUAUUAAGGGCAUCGUACGACCGGGAAAAUCACUUAACAUACAUAAGAGAUUUUAUACUGCACUGGCUUUGCACGAUUUGGUACGCGAAGUUCCUCUUAACACAGUUUGUACAAAAUAUGGCUGUUGCCGUGGAGUCUUACAAAGCUUACAACAAUCUGCUUCUGUAUUUGCUGGGAUGGUCACACAAUUUUGUAAGCAACUGGGCUGGGACUGUAUGGAAUUAUUAGUUUCCCAAUUUCAAACGAGGUUACAAUUUGGUGUAUGCAGAGAAUUAUUGGAUUUAUUACGUCUUCCAAUGUUAAAUGGAUUGCGUGCUAGAAGUCUUUAUAAACAAGGAAUCACAUGUGUAGCAGAUUUAGCCAUUGCUAAUGAACUUGAUGUUGAACGUGCACUUUAUAAAGCACUUCCAUUUGAAAGUGAAAAAGAACAAGAUGGUGAACACGAAUCAGAAGCAAUAAAACGAAAUAAAAUGAGGACAGUAUUUGUUACUGGAAAGGAUGGUUUAACGCCUCAUGAAGCUGCAAUUAUGUUAGUACAUGAAGCUAGAGUAUUAGUUCAGAAUGAAUUGAAGUUGCAGGAUAUGUCCUGGAAACAAAAAUCUGUUACAAAUGAAUCUCGUAUUGAAACAAGUUUGCAAAUACAACAAGAUACAUUUCAAAGUACAGAAUGUACAAAUGCACAACCAACCAUUAAAAUUUCUACGUAUAACAACGCACAAAUUGAAGUUCAUGCAGACAAUAAUGUAUUCCGAGAUAAACAUUCACAGAGCUCGUGUGCAAUAAAUACCCAAACUAUUACUUCCGUUGAUCAAGAAAAAGAUUUAUUAAGUAACAAGUCGUAUAAGAACGAAAAAUGUAAAGUUAAUACAUAUGCCGCAGAAAAUGAUAAAGAUUUUGAAUGUAAUCUGAAAAACAAAAUACAAAAUAAGAAUGAUGAUAUAAAAGUUACUGACCAGUUAUUGCAAAUAGAUGUUCCAAAAAUUUUAGAUACUUCGACCGAAAAACUGUCUCUUGAUUUCUUUGAAGACAGUAGUUUCAGGAUGAUGGAUGAUUCGCUAAAAAAAAGAGACAGUGAAUCAUUGAUUAGUUUCAAAGAUAAGAAAAAUCGAACUCAAAAUUUUACUUUUAAACAUCCAGUAGACGACAUACAAAAUUCUGAAAACACAAAUAAUAUAUUGAUUAAAAAGAUGAGAACCUCAAAUGGAAUAGAUACUGGAAUAUCAGCCUGUGCAAAUGGGAUUAUACGAACAUCUAGUUUUGGGAAAGAUGUAGAACUAAGAGUUUCAAAAAGUCCCAGUUUAUUUGAUGAUAGUUUAAAUCUUGACACACAAAUCUGUAAUGUUCUCGAGCAAAAUAUUAUUGAUUCCUUAGAUUUUUCAGAAUUUGAGGAGACUAAAUUGUCUGAACACAAAUUGACAAUGGAAAGUAAAGAAAUACCGAGGUUACAAACCAAUCAAAGUGAUAAUAAUGAAACACAAACAGAGAAAGCUUUGAAAGAUAAACAUAUAAAUAAAAGUUCUAUGGAUUUUACAAAUUUACAAGCAAAACACAGUACACUGUUUUGGGAAGAUGAUUCUUGGAACGUACCAAUUAAUUUAACAGAAAAGUUGAAUCAAAUUAGUGAUAAAAAUAACGAGAUAUUUACCAAGCGUAAUAUCAAACAUGUAAAAAAUGCAAAUAUACAGCAUAUUGUGGAAACUGCUGACACUAGUCAUAAUACACCAGACAUGAAAAAACGAUAUGAUAUAAAGUUUGAAAAAUCUACGGAUAUUCCUGACGGUUUCAAAAAAGUAUUGUAUAAACGUAGAUUUAAAGAUAUGUCAACUGAAAAAUCACCUGUGGCAAAUAUAAUUGUUUUUAACCAUAAUCGUACAACAUCAUUAGAUUCGAACAAGUCGGAUUCAGAUGAUAUUAUUAUUGCUUCACAAAAUAUAAAUUCACCUGCUACGGGUAUUAUGUCACAAGCAAAGUUAGAUUCUGGAAGAAAACAAAAAAUAUGCACUCAAAAAGUUGUCAAUUAUGUAUCAAAUAAUGUUACAAAAUUUACAAGUUCUGUUUCAAACACGAUACAAAUUGAAAAAUGUAAAAUUAAGCCUAAAAUAAAGGAAAUACUUGCAACAAAAAUAAAAAGUAAAAAUUGUAGUACAGAUAGUAUAAUUUCAAAUUCAGACGAAGAUACUCUUAUAAAAUCUCCAAAGAUUUUACAAAAAUCAAAACAUACCGUAAAAAAGAAACAAAAAAUUCCAGAAACAUGCUUGCAAACUAAGAAGAUUAACAAGAUAAACGAAACAGUGAAUUGGAAUACGUUAAAUAUUAUAAAAGUCGGAAGUGAUAGAGGAACAUUUAAUUUAUUUAAACGCGAAGUAAUGCAAAAACAAUAUAUUGCUCUAGCUUUAAAUUGCGAAAUGUAUAACAAUGAUACAAAUAGUAUAGGUUCUAGAAUUAUUAGUUCCACCAAUACCGAAAGGAAGAGAUCUAAAAAAGUAGACAAUUAUAUUUAUGCAGAUAAAAAGUUGUGUGGUGUGGCUAUUUCUUGGGAAAGCAAUAUUGCAUAUUAUAUUUCUUUCUCUAAUGAGCAAGAUAUAAAAGUUCCAAGCAAAGAGCAAAUGAAGCUAUUAAAUGAAUUACUUAAAAAAGAACAUUUAAAUGUAAAAUGUUUUGCAACUAAAAAAACAUUUAAAACUUUGUAUGAAUGCUGUGAUAUAUCUGCGAGUUGCAAAUUUUUGGAUCCGAAAAUAGCAACCUGGUUACAUGAUGGUACAGUUUAUGAAAAAACGUUUAAUGAAAUGGUUAAAGAAUAUUUUCCACAAGGAUGCUUCAUAACAAAACGGAUAGGUGCAUGUUAUGAUACAGGACCUGGAUUAAACAUCAAAAGCACAAUACCAGGAGAAUUCAGAGCAUCUGCAGAAGCUGUACUUACAUGGUACAUGACAGACACUCUUUUAGAAAGAUUAGAACAAUUAAGUCCAACAUUACUAUAUACAUUUAAAGACAUUGAGAUGGAAAUAGUGACCUUACUAGCGCGUAUGGAAUUAACUGGUUUUGGUGUGUCUUUAAAGUCGUUACAAGAUUUGUCUUCUGCUAUUCACAAAGAGAUGAUAUCAUUGCAAGAACGAGCAUUUGAAUUGUCUGGAAAAAAAUUCAAUUUCUCUUCAUCUAAAGAAGUUGGCGAGAUUUUAGGUUUAUACAAAGGGAAAAAAGUUAGCAUUAACAAAGUUGUAUUAGGACAAUCUGAUCAUCCAAUAUCUAGUUUAAUUAUGUCAUGGCGUAAAUUAAAUGCAACUCUCUCUAAAAUUGUAUACCCAAUAUUGAACUUGGCCCAACACAGUUCCCGCAUUCAUGGUAAUUGUGUUACAUGUACAUUAACAGGUAGAGUUUCAAUGCACGAACCAAAUUUACAAAAUGUGCCAAAAGAUUUUAAUUCUGAAGAUAAUAGUUUUAUGAUAAGCGUUCGAAUGGCGUUUGUACCUGCUAUAGGCAAUAUUAUAUUGUCAGCAGACUACUGUCAACUUGAAUUGAGAAUAUUAGCUCAUUUUUCAAAAGAUGCUAUAUUGUGUGAUAUUAUGCGGAAGCCGGGUGAUAUUUUUAAAAGCAUUGCAGCAAAAUGGAAUCAUACAUCUGAAGAUCAGGUGGAUGAUCAAAUGCGUCAACGUACAAAACAAUUGUGCUAUGGAAUGAUCUACGGCAUGGGAGUAAAAUCGUUAGCCGAAAAUUUGUCCAUAGAUGAAAUUAAAGCUAAAGAAUUUUUAGAAUCUUUUAUGAACACAUACCCAGGUAUAUCUAUAUGGUUAAGCAGUGUGGUGAAAGAAGCACGUAUAAAUGGAUACGUAACAACAAUCUUAGAAAGACGUAGAAUGGUUCCUGGAUUGGCAAGCACAAGUACAACAGAAAAAUCACAAGCGGAACGUCAAACAGUGAACACUAAAAUACAAGGUUCUGCAGCAGAUAUUGCAAAAAAAGCAAUGGUAAAUAUCGAAGACAAAAUGCGAUUUGAAUUCCCAAAUUCAGCAACUAUUAUGCCUGCUGUUUAUUCUAUACGUAAAUUACGAAGUAAUAGUAGAGAAGCGCAACAAAGAGGUGGUUAUUUGGUAUUACAACUUCACGAUGAACUAUUGUAUGAGGUAAAUAUAAAAGAUUUACGACAAGUUGCAACAAUAGUAAAAGAAUCAAUGGAGCAAGUAUGUCAACUUGCAGUACCAUUACCUGUAAAACUAAAAGUUGGACCUGCAUGGGGGGAUCUAUCUGAAUACACUUUUCAACAUUGAUCUAUUUAGUUUUAUCGUUAAUGGUAGUAAUACUUGCAAAUAUAAGUUUUAUAUUUAUGUCCUUUAAUAUAGAUUUUCAAUUGAUCGUGUUAUUCGUAAUUACAUGAACUGUAUAUAUUUACAAUAUAUUUUUAUUAUACACUUUUAUACUGUGAGCUAAA